CACAUCAAGCUGGCUUGAAGAGAAAUUCUGUCCUAAAACGAAUUAGAUCUGAUGGUGACAGUUGUAAAGCUUUCGCCAAACCGAAGUAGCGUUGUUUCCUUAUUUCUGAAGUGUAAACAAUUUAAUAAAAACCUCACAACUGGAUAAGAAAAGCGCUAGUGACGACGGGAAGAUGCCCCCUAAGUUUAAGUUCACCGAAGGUGAAAAGGUGCUCUGCUUUCAUGGUCCGCUGUUGUACGAAGCCAAACUGCUACGAUGCGCGAUGAUGAAAGAAAAGCAGGUAAAAUACCUGGUGCACUAUGCCGGAUGGAACAAGAACUGGGAUGAAUGGGUCCCGGAGAGCCGUGUCCUGAAGUAUAACGAAGCAAAUCGCCAGCGGCAACAGGAAGUUCACCGGUUACAUUCACCUCUAGUAAAGAACAAGAAAAGCAGUACAAAGACGAAAAAGUCAGAUACGCAGGGUGGAAACAGUAAUCAGAGCAAAGAUAACGAUUCUCGAGCUUCAACACCAUCAAAGGAAGUGACGAAAGAGAAGGAAACGGUCGCUCAAUCUAUCAGUACACCUUCCACAUCCACCACCGUACCCACUACCACCACCACCACCAGCAUUAGUUCGUCCGGAAAUUCUUCAUCUACUGGAAGGAACAGAUCGUCCCUUAAGUCUACGGUGACCAGUGCGAGCGUAGCUUCAUCGCCUAGCUCCACCUCAUCGUCAACAUCUUCCACAUUAGCAACAUUUUCUACAGCGACAGCAACAACUGCUCCCGCUUCAAACGGAAAAGACGGCAAAUCAUCGGAAAGUAAGGAUUCAGGCGAAAAGGCAAAAGAAGAAUCAUCGAGUGAGCAAAGUAAUUCCAAAUCGAAGAAACGCGGACGCACCGAUACAAAUUCGUCGAAUGUAGAAUCGGAAGAUCAGUUCAUUUCGAAGGUGGAGGUAAAAAUUAAAAUUCCCGACGAACUAAAGGUAUGGUUGGUGGACGACUGGGAUGCAAUAUCGCGCCAGAACAAACUGCUAGAACUACCUGCUAAGGUACCGGUCCAGGAGAUAGUGGACAACUACGUACAGUACAAGAAACAGAGCAAGCUGACGACAGCUAUCAAGGAAACGGCCGUUGCAGACAUCGGCAAUGGAAUAGUUGAAUAUUUCAACGUUAUGCUGGGUUCUCAGCUCCUUUACAAAUUCGAGCGACCACAGUACGCAGAGAUGAUACAGGCACAUCCGGGUGUGCCGAUGGCGAAAAUCUACGGUUCCGUGCAUUUACUUCGCCUCUUUGUGAAGCUGGGACCGAUGCUAGCGUUCACCUCACUGGAUGAAAAAUCAAUACAAACUUCCUUGGGUCAUGUGCAGGACUUUCUGAAGUAUUUGGUAAAAAAUAGCAGCACGCUAUUCAACAUGCAACACUACGUAAAUACCAGCCCCGAGUAUCAUCGGAAGGCCUUGUAAAGGCGUUCGUAAAAAGUAAUGGUAUAAGAGAGAUGGUAUCAUUUGAACCCUAAUUAACUUAACAAAUAAACUGUAUUUUUUCUACACA